AUCCCCAAACACUGCCCCGGGACGGCAGGCCGCAGUUUCAGAAUCGAACCCUGUUCUCGUUCCACUUCCUCCUCUGAACCCACACACAACUUGACGACGACGACGACCAACUCAACAACUACUUGACUCGGAAUCCAGACGUCUGUUUUACCAACGAACGACGAACGAACGAAAUACGAACGACUUGUGCCAACGAAACCCAAUUCUUUAACGACCUCUUCGAAUCUUUGAAGCCAUGGGCGCAGAUACUGCAGUGCGAAGGGCUCACCCCAUCCUCUUCGGAUCCAUCGUUCUCUUCUCCAUCAUCGAGAUGUGUAUCGCCGCUUGGCUAACAGCGCGCUACAACUCACGCCACGACUACCCCUUUGGCUCUGUCCGCGCCCGAGUGCGGUACAUCCUCUUCUGCUCCGUAUGGACGAUAGUCGUCGGAUCCCUCUUCCUCAUCAUGUUCUGGAUAACCGCGGCCGGCUCGAUAAUGACUAGUGUGGCGGCUCACUUUAUCUUCUUGUUUGUGACGUUCAUCCUAUGGCUCGCUGCGGCUGCUGCGAUCACUUCUUCACUUGGAGGCGGUCUCUCCUGUAGUCACCAGAACUUCUGGGCAUACUGCGGUCAGUUGAACGCCGUGGAAGGUUUCGCGUGGUUGAUCUGGAUCUUGAUCACCUUCACUCUCAUCAUGGUCAUCAUCCGAGGCAUUGCCGCUGCAAAAUCUGGAGACGGAUACGGCGGUGGUUUGGUCAGCAGCGAGGCAUAAACGCAGCUCUCCAUUCCCCCCUCCUGUCUCGUUUCUGGUAGUCUUUACUUUUGUAUCCACGAUAUCAUGACAUCACCCUUCUUCCAUGCUUUUCUUCUUGCUCCGAGUCUUGUCUUACGACCUCCACCACCUUGAAAGCUCCGUGACUCACUCAUCCAAGUCCACAAUUCGAACCCACUGCACGACACCCCCACCACCCCCUCACCCGCCUGCAUUCUGCAGCCCUGUUGUUAAUUUCUGUUGUACUACAAGCCUUCAUCCGACCAAAUUUUCGUUCCGUUCGGAUUCAUGCUGUCCCUUUUUUUUGUUGCUACCUUAGUUGCUCCUCUUAGUUGUGGUUGUUGUUCUUCCUACGUUGGAAUGAAAUAGUGUUAAUGAAU